UCUAGCAUCUCUACAUAUAUAGACUCCCAAUAUCAAUAAUAUCUCCAUACUUCGUUCCUAAAAUCCUCUCUUUAAUCAGUAAUCUCUUCCUCUUUGUUUUUUCGACGUUAAGAAUUCUUCCAAUAAUUCCAAAAAAGUGCGAUAAAUAUUCCUUUUUACGUUGUAAGUAGCCAUGUCUGAAUCACUAUUAGCUGGAGAGAGGUUCCGCAUUGGCUACGCUCUUGCACCCAGAAGUGUUAGCAGCUUCAUCCAAGAUUCUCUCCUCGUUUACGCUAAACAACGAGGCAUUGAUCUCAUCCCAAUUGAUCUCGGAAAGCCAUUGAUAGAACAGGGUCCUUUCGACUCUGUUUUCCACAAGCUCUAUGAUGCAGAAUGGAAGAAGCAAUUGGAAGAAUUCUCACUUGAAAACCCGACUGCUAUCAUGGUCGACCCGAUUGAAUCCAUCGAGAAGCUCCACAAUCGAGUCUCCAUGCUCGACGCGGUUGGUCAAUUGAAAAUCGAGAAUCUAGAAAUUCCUCUGCAGGUUUUUGUUGAUUCCAACGAAAGCCUGCAGGAUGCAAUCGCUAAUCAGGCGAUGAAAUUUCCCCUGAUUGCGAAGGCGUUGAUCGCCAAUGCUACGGCUGACGCUCACCAGAUGUUUCUAGUAUUAAAUCGAGACGGAUUAAACGGAAUUAAAACCCCAAUCGUAUUACAGGAAUUCAUAAACCACGGGGGAGUGAUUUUCAAGGUUUAUGUAGCAGGGGAUCAUGCGAAGUGCGUGAAAAGGAAGUCGUUGGUUGAUAUAACCGAAGAGAAAUUGGGGAAUUCGGACAACUUGAUUCCGUUUUCCCUGAUAUCUGAGUUUGCUGAAGGCGACGAGAAUUUAACGAAGCUGAUGGAGGCAGCAGAGAUGCCUCCAUCAAGCUUCGUAAAUGAAGUUUCAAAGCAGUUACGACAUGCUUUGAAACUUCAUCUUUUUAAUUAUGACAUGAUAAGGGAUAGUAGAGAUGGAAAUCGGUAUCUAAUUAUUGAUAUCAAUUAUUUCCCUGGUUAUGCUAAGGUGCCUGAAUAUGAACUUAUGCUGACUCCCUGUUUUCUUGAUAUUGCACGCCAGAAGCGUAGCAAAGAGACUGAAAAUUUUGACCAUGAGGCAGAUUCUAAUGGUCAUAAGGUGGACAAUUAAUAAUUUAAUCAUGUUAGUUUGAUUUGUACCGAUUAAGAUUAUUGGGCAUUUACUGUUUGAUUUGCAUUUAAUGUAUGGAGUAAGUUAACAUUUGGGACUAUUGAUGAUAUUCAAAUGUUCGAAUAAACCGUCUGUUUCCUUAAUUAAGAAGCAGAAGAUGUAAAUUACGUUGAGUAAUAGAGUCAUAAUUAGCGGCUAAAUUAAAAAGUCCAAAAUUUUAAUCUCAA